CCAAUUGCCAUACCGCUUUCUCACUUUCCUUUCCUUUUCAUCCUUCAAACUUCUAAGCAAGCUCCUACCUUUUCUUAUAUCUUUCCUCAUUUUCUGUUUACAGAAAAGGAAAAUUCCUAUUUUAAUCCAAUCAAAUUGGAUCCACCAUACUCAAUUUGGUGUUUUUUUAUUAAAAUCUUUCUGGGUCUUUUGAUUUCUUUAAUAGUUUUGUACAAUCUCAAAUCUCUUACCCUUUUUAGCUUCAAGAAAAAGCUAGUGGGUCUUGCUGUUACAGUAGUAAUCUUGUUGGGUUUUGCUGAAUUCGAAAGUUUGAGCUACAUAAUUGGUUGGUGUCUUGGUGGGUUUUUGAUAGUUGCUAACAAGAAUCAAUUCAGGUUAGUUUUUGCUUGUAAAAAUAAAUUUCUGCUGAUUUUUGAAGUUUUCGAUUCAAUUAGCUUCUCUUGUCUUCUGGGAUUUUGAUUAGUUGGAGAAACAGUAAAGGGGAUUUGUUCGUGAUUUCACCCUUUAUUAAAAAAGUGGAUUUGAUCAAAUUAUAUUCGAAAUUUAGGUUUUGGUUUUGCCAUUGAGAUUUGCAUGGACUUGCGUCAAAUUGGGUUUUUCAUAGAUUGAUGUUCUGCUAAUGGGUAUAUUCAUUGCUUCUGGUUUAAGUUUUUCAUAGGAAUGAUUUAUUUGAUCUUUAUGGAUUGAGAAUAAGUGUGUUAUUGGUGCAAUGUUGAGAGUAUUAGCCAUUGGAUUGUUGGUUUGCACUCUCAUACUGUGUUUAUUCCCAUUUGGCUAUGGAGAUUCAAAUUGUAAUUGUGAUGAUGAGGGAUUUUGGACUAUUAAUUUCAUUAUGGAAUGCCAAAAAGUGAGUGACUUUUUGAUUGCAAUUGCUUAUUUCUCUAUUCCCAUUGAGCUGAUUUACUUCAUUAGCUGUGCAAAUAUACCUUUCAAAUGGGUCCUUGUUGAAUUCAUUGCUUUUAUUGUACUUUGUGGAAUGACCCAUUUGCUCAAUGGAUGGACUUAUUUUGGUCCUCACUCAUUCCAACUUAUGAUGUCUCUUACAAUAUUCAAAUUCCUAACAGCUUUGGUUUCGUGUGCCACGGCUAUAACCCUUCUAACUUUGAUCCCUCUUUUACUAAAAUUGAAAGUUAGAGAAGUGUUUUUGACACAAAAUGUUAUGGAAUUGGACCAAGAGGUUGGAAUGAUGAAGAGAAAGAAGGAAGCUAGUUGGCACGUGCGAAUGCUCACUCGAGAGAUAAGGAAAUCACUUGAUAAGCUUACUAUAUUAGAGACUACUUUGGUUGAACUUUCCAAUAUUUUGGACCUGCAAAAUUGUGCUGUUUGGAUGCCAAAUAGUAACAAGACUGCAAUGAAUUUGACUCACGAGCUGAAGCCAAGCCCAUCGAAUAUCUUUCCUAGAAUUAUCCCGAUAGAUGAUCACGAUGUCAAGGAGAUAUGUAAUAGCAAAAUGGUGACGAUUUUGAGGCCGGAUUCAAGGUUGGGAAUGGCAAGCAGUGGGGGUUUGGAACAGCCUGGUUCUGUGGCAGCAAUUCGGAUGCCUUUGCUGAACGCCUCAAAUUUUAAAGGUGGUACUCCUGAAUUCGUCCAGACGUCUUAUGCCAUGUUAGUUUUGGUUCUUCCGAGCUCCAAUGAAAGAGUUUGGAGCAAUCAUGAAUUAGAGAUAGUAGAAGUGGUUGCUGAUCAAGUGGCUGUGGCUCUUUCUCAUGCUAAUGUUCUUGAAGAGUCUCAGCUGAUGAGAGAUCAACUUAAGGAGCGGAAUCGUACUCUGCAGCAGGCGAAGAAAGAUGCGAUUAUGGCAAACCAAGCCAGAGAUUCUUUUCAGAAGGUUAUGAGCCAUGGAAUGAGGAGACCGAUGCAUUCGAUUCUUGGCCUUCUUUCGAUGUUUGAAGAUAAUAUGAACUGUGAGCAAAGGAUUGUGGUUGACACCAUGGUUAGAACUGGUAAUGUUAUCACAACUUUGAUAAACGACGUAACAGAGGUAUCUGCAAAAGAUAAUGGAAGGUUCCCAUUGGAGAUGAGGCCUUUCAACCUGCAUUCCAUGAUUAAGGAAGCUUCUUGCUUGGCCAAAUGUUUAUUUGUCUAUCAAGGAUUCAGUUUUUCUCCUGAUGUUCAAACUAGUUUGCCUGCCCAGGUAAUUGGUGAUGAGAGAAGAACUUUUCAGGUCUUGCUACACAUGGUAGGACACCUACUACAUAUUUCCAACUGCGGCUGUUUUAUCACUUUUCGGGUUUCUGAAGAAAAGGGCAGCGAGGGAAAGAACGAUAAAUGGGGCAUGUGGAAAUCAGUUAGUGCCAAUGAAUACAUCAAAAUAAAGUUCGAGUUCGAGAUUAGUGGAGGUAUUGCAACAGAUGGUAUGAGAAGAACCCACAAUGAUGGAAACAAGGAAGUAUUGAGCUUUAGCAUGUGCAAAAGGCUAGCUCAGAUGAUGCAGGGUGAUAUUUGGAUAUCGUUGAACUCAUACGGCUUACCGCAAAACAUGACUCUUCUUCUUCGAUGUCAACAACUAAGACGCCUUUCCGAGGGAAACAUGUACGCUUCGGAGCAUACAUAUUCUAGCUCAUUCCGAGGCGUAAAAGUCUUGAUAGCCGAUGACGACAAUGUGAAUCGGACCGUCACAAAGAGGCUGCUCGAGAAGCUAGGCUGUGAAGUGUCUGCCAGUUCGUCGGGUUACGAAUGCCUAACUGCCUUAGCACCGUCACCAAACACUUAUCGGGUUGUGCUACUUGACCUUAAUAUGCCUGAAAUCGAUGGCUUCGAAGUCGCUCGGAGAGUCCGGAAAUUGUAUGGUCGCAACGGCCCAUUACUAAUAGCUCUGACGGCAAGUGUAGAGGAGAAUAUAUGGGAGCGAUGUCUACAGAUCGGGAUAAAUGGUCUGAUACGUAAACCUGUGAUAUUACAAGGAAUGGUCGAUGAACUCCGUAGGAUCCUUAAGUGAUCGUAUGCGUGUUUCGAAGGAUUAGGGUUUGUAGAACAUUGGCGCGAAAUCGGGUAUCUUGUUUGCUCAUAUUCAUAGCUGAUGUUCCAGACUUAUAUUUUUUGGAAACUUUAGUGUAAAAUGACUGACUUACAGUUUUCAUUAUGUUCACAUAAUUUCUAGCGUAAAUUAACAAUAUAUAUAGCAAAGAAAUAGAAUUAGGUGAUUUUAAGAUUAUGAUUAUAUCAUUUUGUUAUUUUAGAAUGUCUUUUGGAUUUAUGUUCAAUUUUUUUAAGGAAAUACUCUGUC